AUGUUUUUUAGCGAAACUCUCUUACCAGAGCCUUCUCAAACUGAACAAAAACCAAAUAUUUGGUCAGAGCCCUCUUCGUCGUCUUCUAAAUUUAGUAAUAAUAAAUCACGAAGACACAAGCAUCCACGUAAAAAACAACGAACGAAUUCUCAAGAUUAUGCAGACUUAUUAGUAUUUG